UCACUUUUCCCUGGUAAAUUUCUAUGUUCACUCCAGGGGCCAGUUUAGAGUCGUAUGUGCUGUGUUGUUCCAAUUCCUACAAGCUCUUUUACAGAUCCCACCCAGUGUCUUCUCUCGGCUUACUCCGCCUUCUACUGUAUGCAUCACUUUCUGACAUCACAAUCCUUCAACUACAGCCUCAGGCUCCACCCAUAGAGAUGCUGACCCUUCCCAACUGCCAAAAGCUCUCUCCUGUCUGCCUAGGCUGGGCCUCCUUCAACUUAUGAGAUACAUCUGCCCCUUUGGUCAUCUAAACCUAUGGGCACCCUCAGGCCCCCAGGGGCACUAGAACACCUGCUUUCUGCAUGAGUCACCUGGGGAUCUUUGAAGAGUGAGAUGAUCUUGAUAGCAUGUUUAUCUACAUCAAACAUGGAGAUAAUCAAGAGUUUCUGGUCAAUACCAAUUGCUCUGUUCUCCUGUUGCUACAUUACAUCCGAAAGAAAAUGGGGUUGCGUAAAACAAGCACCAUUGAUUUGUGUGAUGAAACUGGGACCAUGAAGUUACUUUUCCUGUCAAAGACACCCGGAGACUAUGCCACCAAAUUCCUUACAGCUCGAAAUACCUACUACGUUUGUAAAGUGGAACGUGGAGCACCAGGUACCAGGAUUGAGAAUUCCUACAAAGCUGUCGUGCCCCUCUUGAAGAAUCCAGACCCCGAACUAGUUGAGUCCCUGCGCACACAAUGUGACUUCCUGGAGAGGAGCAGAAUAAAGAUGCUUAGAACUCUAGAAGCUAAGAGAUUGGCAGCCAUGGAAUCCUCUUUAAAUCUCACAGCAAGAGCCUCCAAGAGUAGUGGAACCCAGCAGAUCUCUGGCCCAAGCAGCCAACAGAAGUCCAAAUCUGGACGAUCCGAUGAAGAUGGGCCACCUCCCACCCGAAGACCAUUCUAUAAGACUAGAGCAGACUUUCUCAAGAGACAUCGUUAACUCAAUAAAGAGACCAAGUGAGAGCAGCAA